GAGCAGGUCAUGGACCUGCACGACGCCUGCGUGUUUGCGCCCGACAAGUCGUUGGAGGGCAUCGUGCUCUCCAACGCCGUCGGCCGCGGCGAGAGCCCUUUCGACGUGGCCCUUCUGCUACAGGUGAGCCGUUUCAACCACAGCUGCACCCCGAAUUGCGAGCCGAGCUGGAACGAGGACGCAUUCGAGGCCCAGGUGUUCGCCUCGCUCCCUGUGCGGGCGGGCGAGGAGCUGUGCAGCUACUACGUCGAGGUCCGUGGCCCGCGAGCCGAGCGCAAGAAGAUGCUGUGGGACCGAUUCAGGUUCGACUGCCAGUGCCCCGCGUGCCUGGCGAGCCACCGAGCCGAGAGCGACCUCCGCCGCAACAAGCUGAAGAGGAUCGACGCGGACAUCCGCGCGAACAGGUUUCAGAACGAGCCGGACAAGGGCAUCGCGAAGGUGAAGGAGGUGCUGAACUUGUACCGGGAUGAGGGCCUCGGGUUGUACAGCUUCCGCAAGUGGCACUGCUACUCCGCCUACGAGAUGUCGCUGCUGCUGGGCGGCGACAGGCAGCUGGAGGCGCGCCAUUGGGUGAAGCGGGCGCUCGAGAACAGCAUCCUGGCGCACGGGGAGGACCACCCGGACACGCGGACGCUUCAGGAGAAGGUCCGGAGGCCUCUGGACAACUCGAUCACCGCUGGGAAGAGCUACGCAGUGCGGACCAUCUCCGUGGCCGUCCUCUCCGCUCUCGUGCUGUACGAGAUGUGGCAGGCGAGGAAGGCGCGGUGA